AUGCUAGACCUUCAAUCCAAUGAUCACCCGGGUCUAAUCGACCCAACCACGAUUUCUGGCCCGAUUCCUCCAGCCUUCCCCUUGUCGGCAAACAAUUUAGAUAAAGUAAUCGAAUAUCGACAUAACGCGGGAGGCCAAAAUUCCGUUGUCGCACGCGAAAGACUACCCCGAGGUUCUCACAUUUGCUAUAUCGAUACCUACAUUCCCGCACCAAUAUCCACAUGGUCAUCCAUUCAAACCAGUAAAACCAGUCACAUAGAAGUUCCUUCUGGUAUUGUUUACAUAAAUCAUUCCUGCGUCCCUUCAAUCGACAUUGAGGUGUUUCCGCCAAAUUCUGAUGGGACGUAUUUGAAUGGUAUUUGUGGCGAACUGCGCGUUGUUGCGGAUAGGGAUCUUGAAGCUGGAGAUGAGUUGACGUUUUUUUAUCCUUCGACGGAGUAUAUCAGUCCUCGACCUUUUAAUUGCCUUUGUGGGGCUGAGAAUGGAGUUUGUAUUGGAAGGCAAGAGGGGGCGCAUUUCUUGGAUAAUUCUAUCUUGGGGAAGUAUUUUUUGAACAAGCAUAUCAAAAACUUGAUAGCGGAGCGGGACAGCGGGAGCCGAGUAUAG